AUGGGAAAUUUGAAGUCAUUGCAUCAUUUGUAUAUGAAGGAAACUGCUGUGACAGAAUUACCAGAAAGCUUUGGCAUGCUCACAUGUUUGAUGGUGCUGAACAUGAGAAAGGAUCCCAACAAGCAAGAGCAACCAAAUUCAUCAUUUGUAGCGUUGCCAGCAUCUUUCACAAAUCUCUUAUCGCUGCAAGAACUUGAUGCUCGGGCCUGGAGAAUAUGUGGUGAAAUCCCAGAUGAUUUUGAGAAGCUGGCAGCAAUAGAGAGUCUGGAUUUGGGUAGCAAUGAUUUCUAUAAACUACCAUCAAGUCUAAGGGGACUGUCACUUCUAAGAGAUCUCAAGCUGCCCAAAUGUGAAAAGCUUCAGUCCCUGCCUCCACUUCCCUCUAGUUUGGAGAAGUUGAAUCUUGCAAACUGUAUAUCAUUGGCGACAUUAUCUGAUCUUUCCAAUAUAAAGGGCUUACAAGAAUUAAACCUUACAAACUGUGAGAAAUUGGUAGAUUUGCCAGGCCUUGAGUCCUUAACGUCCUUGAGAGAAUUGUAUAUGAGUAACUGCAGUACCUGCGCUUCAGCAGCAAAGAAAAGACUCUCCAAGGUUUAUCUCAAGAAUCUGAGAAAUCUAAGCAUGCCUGGAAGUAGAAUUCCAGAUUGGUUUACACAAGAGAUGGUUACCUUUUCAAGCCACAAAACCCGUGAUCUCACUGGGGUGAUAAUCGCAGUUGUUGUUUCCAUUAACCAUCAUAUUCCAGAUGAACUGAGAUACCAACUGCCUGCCGUGCUGGACAUUCAAGCACAGAUCUUCAAUGGCGAGGAGGCAAUAAUGACCACUGCAUUGAACUUAAUUGGGGUACCUAGAACCAACCAAGGCAAUGUUCACUUGUGUCGAUAUCCCGCAUAUCGUCCCUUGGUUUCCAUGUUGAAGGAUGGUUUUAAGAUUAAAGUGACCAGGCGAAACCCGCCCUACGUACAGGGCGUAGAGCUGAAGAAAGCUGGGAUUUUUCUAGUUUAUGAAAACGAUGAUGAUUAUGGUGGCGAUGAAGAUUCACUGGAUGAGAACCAGCAGUCUGUAUCAGAAAAAUUAGCCAAGUUUUUCAGCUCUCUUGAAGAAAAUGAUGGAAUUGAUCACCAAUCCAACUGCAGCCAUGAAAUAAAAGAAGAGCUUCAACUCCAAAGUAAGAAACAAAAACGUCGCCCAAUCAAGUCGUGCUGCAGUUGGUGCGGGAGGUUAAGCGUAAAAUCAUGAGAGAUUUCAAGGCGCGUAUGCCUAUUUCUGUUAUUUCACUUCACUCAAGUUGAACGCAGUAUACAUUCUUAGGAUCCAUUUGGAUGGAUAAUGAAAUAGAUUUUAGUGAGUUUAAAGACGAGGGUGACAAUAAAAUUAGUUAUGGGCAUAUUCAAGCCCUAAAAUAGCAA